UAAUGAAAAAUGAGAUAAAAAAAUACAAAACAAAACAUACUUUGUAAAAUUUAGAAAAAAAAAAAAAUACAGAACUUUAAUCAGUUCUCAUUCUCUCAUAUCCAGAUAUUGGAAUUACUUAAUUUAAAAUUAAAUUUUUUCUUUUCACCUAAAAGAGCGGCAAAAUAAAAUACUAUUAAGAUACUAUCUUAUCUAUUCAUUCUUACAAAUUGGAUGACGAUAUUUAUGUGUGUUUACUGUUUUUCACAUUACUUAAACCUCUUUUCAAUUUAUUUGUUGUUUUAUUUAUCAUCUAUGCAUAAACUAUUUUAUUUUAUUAUAUUUAGGAUCCUCACCAUUGGAAGAAAUCCCAACCUCCAUAACCAUACCAACCAACCAAUCCAUCCACCAUAAUUAUGUAUUCUAACUACCCAAUUACCAUCAUAAACCCUUCAAUAAUGCAUAAUAUCAUUUUCAAUCACGUACAUUUUUAUUUUUAGAAUAAUGAAUCAAUGCUUUGAAUGUUAACAUUUCAACCAUUAAACUAAUCC